UCUAUGACAUUGGCUGCUAUUAACGAUAAUGAACCCACAUUCAACAGGACACGUUAUGAAGACGAACUUCACGAGCUGGCACUGAUUGGUACAGAGGUUAAUAAUUUCGAUUGUUCGAGCGAAAAAACCGACAAGGACAUUUUCGACCUCGCCUUUAGUAUCACCGCCUCUUGCGCAAUUCUAGAACCGGAUAAUCCACCGUUCGAAUUUAAAGGUGACAAGGUUAUUGUCAAUUCAACUCUUGAUUUUGAACUUCACCCAACAUACUAUCUAACAAUCCAAAUUACGGAAGAAGUAGAAUCGGUACCUAAAAAGGGAGGAAAUACGACACUGGUAAUAACAGUAAUCGAUGGAGAUGACUUAAACCCUGCUUUCGAAAAAACAGAAUACGAACUAGAUGUUGAUGAAAACCAAACGGAUUGGACUGCAAACACUAUCAGGGCCUAUGAUCAGGAUCUCGAUAUCAACGCAUAUUUAAUGUAUUCGUUCAGUAACACAUCUCUUACUUCUGAAUACUUCUCAAUUGAUCCCGAUACUGGCAACAUUUCUAUGACACAAGCUAUUGAUAGGGAAAGAAACGCUACAUUGGAUCCAUUGAUAGUUAAGGCAACACAAGUUGACAACUACCAGAGGGUGGGGAGUGCAAGAAUCGUAUUCAACGUUAUUGAUGUCAACGACAACUGUCCAAAAUUCCAAUACUCUUCUUAUACAGGAUACGUGUACGAGCUGUGCAGUGUUGGCGAAACGGUUGCUGCAAACGGAACGUUUAUGGGUAAUCUGAUAAUUACUGCUUCUGACCUCGAUGAGAUAUUUAUUGGAGACUUUACAACUGAGAGCGAUGAGUUUGUGUUAGAAGUUUCUGAUUCAGAUACUUCCAGUGCUAUCAUCAAAGUCAAGAAUAAUGCGAGCUUAAAUUGCUCAAUGUAUGAGGGCUGUAACAAGGUCUUUAAAAUCUCAAUAACAAUGACAGACGGUAGCUGCACAGACACGGCAGCCGUAUCGAUUAUGUUAGUAGAAAUCAACAAUCAUGACCCAGUAAUGGAACCUACAUACAACGUAAAUAUCCAGGAGAAUACAACUUACGAAUCAAUUAUCCAGAUUAUUGCAGCAGACGAGGACUCGGGUCCAGAUGGGCAGAUUGAUUAUAGCAUCGUGUCUGCUUAUUCAAGUAGCUUCGAUAUCGACGCCACGACUGGAGAAAUCCACCUUAAAGAUACUCUAGAUGCUGAGAAAUCUACAGAGUACCGUCUAGUGGUACAGGCUUGUGACAAAUCUGAGAAAUUUCAAAGACGGUGUACUUUUGCCGACGUUGAGGUGUUUGUUGAAGACGUAAACGAGUUCCCGCCGUUUUUUCUAAACGAUGAAUUUGAGAUAUCUGUGUAUGAAAAUGAGCAUUGUACAAACGUGUUUACGGCUAUGGGUAACGAUAAUGAUGUUACUGCGAAUCUUUCGUAUGCGUUAAUGGGGCCAGGAAGUGAUGAUUUCUCAAUUAACAGAACAACAGGAGAUGUGCAACUGCUUCACACGCUGGAUAGAGAAGUCAUACCAAUAUAUAAUUUAAUGAUUUACGUAAACGACGGUGAAAAUACUGCUGUAUGUAAUCUGAGUGUUGUUGUGGAGGAUGCUAAUGAUAACUACCCAGAUGUAAAUUCCUUGUUUUACUUUGAAAUUCAAGAAAAUUCUCCGGCAGGGUCAACACUUAUAUCGAUUAAUGCGAGGGACGCAGAUGUUGAGCAGAACAAGGCAUUGACUUACCAUAUCUAUGAUUCGUCGCUCGCUGAUCUGUUUUCGCUCGAUCCUGAUUCGGGUAUAUUUACAACCCGCCAUGAAAUGGACAGAGAGAACCAGAGUAGCUAUAACGUCAUCGUAAUUGUCAGGGACAACUCUACGGAGCUGUAUCUCUACAAUCUAACAACGGUUGAAGUCAACAUCACAGAUGUGAACGACAACCCCCCAAUCAUCGAUAGUCCUUUAUGCGGAUCAGAUUUUCACGUGAUGGAAGGGUUAACAGGAGAAUUGUUAGGACAAAUAGACGCGCAUGACAACGAUGAACCAGGUUCUAUCAAUGCUGAAAUUUUAUAUGAACUUUCAGAAAUCGGCGACGCCCUAACUUACUUUCGGAUUAACAACUUAACCGGAGAACUUUCCACGACUGAAAUUCCAAUAGAUCGAGAAAAACAUAAUGAAUUUUUGCUAAAUGUCACGAUAUUUGAAUUCUCUGCAACCGAUGAAGAUAUUUAUCCAAAUAAUAUUGUAAUAUUUAACAUUACCGAGGAGUCUGAAUCCGGUCAUCAUUUCUACAUUGAGAAUGAUGUAACUGCUUCCAGCGGAAAGGUCAAAAUUAGCAACGCUCCAGCUUCCAAUGACGAGUCGUACGUCAUCUCAAUCGGUGUUUACAACAUCGAUGACACUCAACUCAUCAACGGGAAUAGGUCAACUGUUGAGGUGCGCAUCAUUUCUUCGCCAUACAGCAUCAGCAUUCUACCCAUAGAGAACGUUACCGUGUAUGAGUACGAGACCGGAAACGUCACAACUAUUUAUGUAGACGCUGAAGGAAACCUUGAUGAUGUCGCGUAUAAUAUUAGUCAAACAUUUGCAAAAGCUCUAUUUUCUGUCGUUCCUUCAACUGGUGAUAUCUUACUGCUAUUGUCCCCUCUUGAGAUAGCUUUAUUAACGGGAUAUCCUGCAAGUUCUAUUAAAAUACCGUCUCAACCGAAAUAUCGUCGUCUGGAGUAG